UUGACUCGAUUUCGAUUAAAUCAAGUUACAAUUGUAAUCAAAUCAACAUCUCGUUAGUUAUUGUAAUUAAUUUGAACACGUUUUGUUACCAUAUUUGAUCGGAAUUAGUUGUGUUCAAAGUGUUGGUGUUUGGAGUACAUUUGAUUGUCUUUGGUUAAUUUUGUUCGGCUUUUGGUUAAACAAAAACAAAAACAGAAACAAUAACAACAAGACAAUAUAAAGAUAAAUGAUAAUCAAUGGAAUGCUCAAUUUGUCUUGAAACCUGUAUUCAACCUGUUGAACUGCCCUGUGGCCAUAUAUUUUGUUUCCUUUGUGUGAAAGGAGUCGCUGAUAGGUAUCAAAAUUGUGCCAUGUGCCGAAAACCAAUUCCAGAAGAUUAUUUUGAAAAUCCAGUGUUGGUAUCAAGCGGUGAGCCUCUUGAUUUAAUUGAAUUUGAUGGAGGUUACCAAUGGUUUUACGAAGGUAAAAAUGGUUGGUGGUUGUACGAUCCACGGACAAGCUCAGACCUUGAAGAAGCAUUUAAACUUGGCCAACCAACUUGUCAACUGUUAAUCGCUGGUCACUUGUAUUACAUUGAUUUUAUCCGGAUGGUUCAGUAUCGAUCUGCUGAGCCCAAAAAACGCCGAAGAAUAAAAAGAGACGCCAUCCAAUCAACAAUAACUAAAGGAAUCGCUGGUUUAAAAUCAUUUGAAGUUCUAUCCACAAAUUACCUCGGCGAUAAACCAAGUGCUCCGCCAAUGUCUCCCCCACUACCAGCAAUUCCAACACCAUCAACACUAUCACCCAGAUAUCAGAAGCUACAAAUUUCAUCUUCAUCUACCUCUCACCUCACCCUACCACCUCCACCUCCACCACCGCCAUCUCCUGCUUUGCCAAUCUCAUCCCUUUCUUUAUCAUCUUCUCCACCACAAUCAUCAUCAUCAUCUUCAUCCCCAUCAAAUGGACUUAAAAACCAUCGAAAAAAGUUUCUCAUCGCAUCACCUUUUUCCUGGCAAUCUUCAUCUCUAUCUUCAUCUCCAUCUUCCACAUCUCUACCAUCCUCAUCUUCUUGGCUUUCUCCCUCUAAUCAUUUUCCACCUCCAACUCCAUUAUAUCGACCUCCAUCAAUCGGAGAAUUGAUCAAUAGACUUUCCUCUGUACUUGGAAACGAUUCUAAUCUUUUACGAUGAACAAUCAAAUUUUUCCUUAGCCAAUCUUAUCGCCAAUUUGGUCAACAAUUAACUGUUUCAGCACUUUUUCAAUUGUCAAAAACCGGUCACCGGUUAAUUAUUUUUUGCCUCUUUCUUUGCUCUCCCUUCUCGAAAAUGUUAAUUCAGAUCGAUUUUCGUACACUUGCUGUUUUUUUAAAUUAUCUUUUAAAAUCCUGGUCAAGACUUUUAAUUGCUUCAAAAUUUAGCAAAUCAAAUUAAUAUCUUCAGAUGAAAAAUGAAUUUACAAUUAAAUCCGCCGAUAGCAGAAAGAUUUUAAAUAAAAUAUUUUGAGUUUUAUUGAGAAAACAAA